UCAUCCAGCUCUACACCUUGUUAUCUUGCAAGUGGGAACCAUGUCACGUUCCGCGGCACAGAGGUCUCGGCUAGAGAAAGGCCGAACUGUAUCAGCAGCUGUGAGCACUCCAGCAUCUGUGGUAGAAAUUAUACCUGGUCGCUUCACGGAAAAUGACUGGCUCUCUAUGGUUAGCACCGAAGAUGCCGAGAGUCAAAUUGGGGAUAUCAUCGAUGACAUUGUGAAUCAAGUAUUGGAUGGUUGUUACAGAGUAUACAUUGAAAAACAGCUGCUGCCAUUCACCAUCUCUCAGGCCAAGGAUGCCAUCCUGCAGAUUAUCGAGUGGCAGUUCCUGACAUACGAUCCAGGAGAGAGAAACGUGGCACUGGAUCCAUCCUGGCAGGAAGAUGACGAACCCAUUGCUUAUAUCACCGAUUCCUGGGCCCAGGGCUCAGUACCAGUGGUGAGGAAAACAUCAACACCAACUCGGGCGGAACAGGAAACUUAUGAGAAGACUACGCAAGACACCACUUGUUUGAUAACGGAGGAUCGAGGUCACCCAGAUGAUGAGUUCUUCGGCCGUGAUGCUAGACCUGAAUGUGGGAGCAGUCAGCAGGAACAGGAUGGUGUGCAGCCUCUACUUUCAAUCUGCAAAGAGCUAAUGGGCUAUCACCUGGAUUCCGAAAAGAAACCUGACAAAGUUAUUGAAGCUGUAAAACCAGAGGAACCUGUGAUACCAGAUGAACCACAAACACAGCCCAAAGUUCCGAAGAAAAGACAAAAAUAUAAGCCCCAUCAGGGAGCUCUCAAUUCUGCCAAGCUGAAGGACAUUACCAAGCCUUUGGCUGAGACAGAAAAGGAGUUGUUCCAACAAUACCACUCACCACCCUGUAUCGAAGAUCCCCCUCCACCUCCCUGUGAGAUUUACAGAAUGACGUCCUAUUUCCAGAAUGUUCUCAAAAUCCAGAAUAGCCGACUACCGUUAAACAACAGCGUGACCUUUGAUCAGUUUGGGAAUGUCACUUCCGUGCAAAGAUUGAAGCCGAGCCAAUUCCCCAAGAAGCAGCUCAGGCCAAUCUUCCAAUUGCUCGACAUGGACGUGGAGCCGGAGACACACAGACCAUUUAUGAGAGAGGCACUGAGACCUUUGGUGUUCCGAAGUGGCAGUUUUGGAAAAAAGCUUAUUCCCGCCAGGUACAACAUGAGGAGAAUCCUGCAGAAAAUUCCUGGAAAUGAGGAGGAGCUGAGGACCCUGGGGCAGGUGGUAGAUGGGAAGGUAAACCUUCAGGGCUCAAACAGUAACAGGCCAAUUGGUAGACCUGCUACAGCACAGCAGCUGAGACUGAGAGAGCCAUGUGUUAUCUCCACCACUCCAGAGUUCAUCGAGUUCAUCCCCGAUGGGGCAAAGGACAGAAACUGUUCAAACUAUGGCCAAAAUCCUGAAUACGAUGAGGAACAGUUCAGCAGACUAAGACCCAUUUGCAACAGCCUGGUCAACCCCCCAGUCCUGGUCGAAAAACUGUUCAGAAGCAUUGUGCAGUAAUUCCCUUCGGCGAAUUGUUGAACACAGCCCCUUCCUUCUGUGAGCACUCUCUACUUAACAAGUCCUCUAUGACUGCCUCUUCCGACUACGUACAUUAUCCCAGUUGCCUUGAUGUUUUACCUGACAUAACAUACGUACUUCCAGCCAAUAAAGAGAAAGAAUUAUGGACAAGAUA